AUGAACGAGAACAAGAACAACAACGUAAGUGAAAGGACCAAGGACCCCCAUGUCUGUGGACUCACCUGCCUGGGUCCUCUGACUUUCCACCCUGGGGCCGUGGGUAAGAAGAUCACCCUCAGCCAUGGGAACUGCAGGGCCUCAAGAGACCUGGAGACUUUCAGGGACGGCCUGGUGUUCAGCAGUCGCCCAGUGAAGCCGGAAGAGAAGGUCCGAAUCCAGGUGGAGCGCAGCCUUCUAGCCUGGGAGGGCGGUGUGCGGAUCGGCUUCACCAACGAAUGCCCGACCGCCGAAUCACUUCCUCCGCUGGCCAUUCCCGACCUCACAGAGAAGCCCGGGUACUGGGCUUUGCCAGUGCCGCAACGUGACUGCCCACCUGGUACCACGGUCACCUUCUGGAUGGAUAAAAAUGGAGUGAUGUGGUACAAGACACCCGCUGAAAGUUUCUGUAUUCAGACUGAUUUGGACCCAUCUCUGCCCCUCUGGGCUAUUGUUGAUGUCUAUGGACAGUCCACUACAGUGCUUUUACUUGGGUCUGUACGGAGGUUUAAUAUAUUUAUUGAAGCAUCCUCCUGCCCUAUUCCUUGUAGCACAUUUGAAUGUGGCUAUGAAGAUACUCCACCUGAAUUAAAGAAAAGGAAAGCCAUUGCUGAAAAGAAGCUGAAACAGCAUCAAGAAGAUCAAAGUAACAAUAACAACACUCAGAACAGGUCUUUCAAGAAUUCGGCACAUGUCCACUGUGUCGGGAGGAUAUGUAAAAUGUUCCUAGUGCUGGAUGUGGAGCUGCCGUGGUGCACAAAGCUCCAUGAGGACAUUGACAGAUUUCAGUCCAGACACAUUAAGAUGCUAUAUGCACUCUACCUCAAGCAGUAA